AUGAAGUCAGUCGAGCUCAGUGCUAGUGAUGAUGCAACCAAUGCUCUACAUGAUCUUAUUGUGGUUGGUGUUCAUAUCCGAGCUCUUUUGGGUCAAGUUCUAAAGUUGAAAAAGGUUGUUGAAGAGCGCAGAGCUAGAGAGAAGGAGCAAGGCAAGAUUGUUGGCGCAGUCGAUUUUGCCAAGGCAGAGAAGAAUAAAGUUGAGAGGGAGAAGGAAGAAGUUGAUCAGAUAACGACUGAGCUUAAGUUAGAGGUUGAGGCAUUGAAGUCUGUUUUGAAGACCAAUAAUAAGACCAUAGAAGACCUGCGGGCUGAAAGUGCUGACAAUUACGUCAACGGCUAUGAAGACCUUAGGGAACCGGCUGCUAAGAAGUAUCUUGAGUUAGAAUUUGACUACUUUAAUCCCCCAUUGUCUCUGAAAACAACUAUCGAGUUUGAGAAAGUAACAAUAGAAUGCGAUCCUAAGGAGUCGACCUUAGGAACUGAGUUACCUAUAUGCCACUCUUUGAUGCUUUGA